GUGUAGGAGAUUCAAUAUUUGUGGUAUUAAAAAGUGGUUGACCAGCGGGUGGCGCUAAAGCCCCAUUACCCAUUUUAAAUCAGAACUAUUGAUUAUUAUUUUUGCCCAUCAGUUUUAUUAUUAUUAUUAUUUAUUUACGUAUCAGCAUUGUAUUUAAUAAUGAAAUAUCUAUCUAUCUUAUGUUUGUCCUCUAGUUGUUUUCUCUGCAUUUCUUUAUACAUUAUUAUACAGUACCUUAAUUCAUACCUAGACGGCGUUUUGGAUGUCACAAACGCCUGCAGCAUUUUUUGGCCACGCUAUCGAUGAUGUAGUAGAUACUAGAUAGUCAGCCAAAUAUGUUAUGAGACAGCCAGUGUUUUACUCCAGAAGACCGGAUAGCAUUUUGACUGUCUCUCCUCCGUCAGGUCUCUCAAUAACUCACUCAGGCGUUUAACACAACUUGUCUGAGCAGGACAACAUCAGAUAAAGCGCAGGGAAUAAGCGAAGAGUUGUAAGACGUCGGACCAUGCGUGAGGGAUUUUGGAAACUUCUUUGUAUUUUCAUGUUGUCGUUUCGUCCUUUUAAAGCCUCAGCAGCUAUUUAUCAGGUUCCAGUGAGACUGCAACGCACAGUGUCCGAACACAACACUGGAGCAAACACAUUUAACAGGAAUCGGUGCCAGUACACAGUACAGAAGACAGUUUCAUGUCAGACACAAAAUGGGACAGAGACUGUUGUGCAGCGACUGUUUCAGAGUUGCCGAUGGCCUGGACCGUGUGCAAACCUCAUCAGCUACAGAACUCUGGUGAGACCUGUGUACAGAGUGACCUACAGGAAAAUCACUUCUCUGGAAUGGCGAUGCUGUCCGGGAUUCCAUGGGGAAGACUGCAGAGAGGAGUGCAUGAACUGUACUGGUUAUGCUGACGUCAAAGAGCGCUUGAGUGUCAUUGAAGCUCAGAUAAUGUUACUGAAAGAUGCAGAGGCACCCCCUCUCCCUCUUUCCAGCCAAUCACCUGAGAGAACAGCUGAUAAUGAGGUGGACAGGGCACACCCCUCACCAAUAACACCCAAUGCCAUUGGCCGACCAGGACCAAAAGGACAACCAGGACCUGUUGGGAUCCCAGGUCCCCCUGGUCCUCCUGGACCUUUAGGAAAGAUAGGGUUUUCUGGAAAACCUGGUCCUAUGGGACCUAGAGGACCUCAAGGGCUGCGAGGUCCUCCAGGAGAAAGAGGCCUUCCUGGUCCGCCGGGACCUGCUGCAUCCUCUCCCUUCUCCAUUAGGGGAGAUGUUUUCACUCUAAUGGCUAAACAACAUGGCGAAUAUGCGGAUAGUGACUUUGCUGCCUAUCGUGACCUUCAGACUUUCCUUGGUCCCCCCGGGCCCUCCGGCCCUCCUGGUCCGCCAGGGCCUGCCGGACCAUCUGGACACCCAGGUGCCCCGGGGAAAAAUGCUGCCUUAAGCUUUCCAGGCACACCAGGUGACAGGGGACCCAAAGGAGAUCCAGGAGAAAGAGGUCCACUUGGAAUAACAGGAAAGCAAGGGCAGCCUGGUGUUCCAGGUCCUAAAGGUGAGCCGGGAGAGACUCCAGGAGAGGUGCAGCAGUUGAGGGAAGCGCUGAAGAUUUUAGCCGAGAGGGUUCUCAUUCUAGAACACAUGAUCGGCAUUCAUGAUACUCUGUUGGACUCUGGUUCUGGAAUAGAUCUCCUGGCAGACUUCAUGCUAACAGGCAGUGCUAAAAGUGUUAGUGCUGGCAGACCCUCCUCUCCUGUUACCUCGGACAGAGAGUAGCCGGACUCUGUUGGGUAUGAAGAGUGAAUAACAAACACUUGUGACCACAAGACCUU